AUGGAACACUUGGAAGCAGAAGAUGUGUCACUUGAGCAUUUCGUCGAACCACUUCUAGAGAGAAACAAAGAUUUCGAGGGAGUUGGCUUUGCAGAGAAACUCCGUCUAAAGAUAGGUUCCGAUGAAGAAUAUGGAGUGGGUCUUGUUGAGAAACUUCUUGUGAACAUGGGUUUUGAAGAAGAAGAAGAAGUAGACUUUGUUGAGAAGCUUCGUGUGAAAACGGGUUUUGAAGAGAAAUGA